UUCCAUGCCAAAUCCAUUCGAAGUUGUCUUCCAUUAACCAUUGCAUUUCAGUCCUCCAAAUUAAUUCAUUGUGCCAUGCACUUGGUAUGGAAGGAGGACAAACGGCCCGAGGACUCGUACAGUGAUUGAUCCAUACAUAUUUAAGGCCCUCUGGACAAAGGGCACACUUUCACGAACUAGCAUCCAUCCAGUUCACCGCGUCAUCAUGAAGACUUUGUUUUUCAUCGCUCUCAUUGCCAUCAUUGCUCAUGCUACUCCAACCAUUCGGAAUGAACGUAUGGAGUCAAUCCAAGCUAGUGAUUCACUGGAUGGGCGUGCUCAUCGCAGGGAUAUAAAUGCUUGCGUUGAUUGUGGUUCAGGUCCUAUCAAGCCAUUCUGCCGUCAAUGUACCCAGAGGGGCCCUUAUGGAUUCUGUUUGAAUACUCAGGCGGCUACUUGUGCUGAUGGUGGUGCUGUCCCCGACAACGUUAGCUGUGGAACAGGUUAUUGGGGUUGCAUUGUUAACUGCUGUCCCGGGCGGUGCAACAAGUAAUUUUAGAAUCCUUCCAAUGUAUUCUGCCAAUGUUUUCUUUGGAGAUGGUCACAGGAAAAAA